ACUACUGCUGCUGCCUCAAGCAAGCUGAAAAUUCAGGCUCUUCUCUCUACAUCUCUCCUAUUGCAGGCACAUGCUGGCAAGUAUUGAGAGCAAUAGCAGCAGCAGCAGCAGCAACCUCACUGGCAUUGACAGAACUAGGAGCAGCCUUAGAGAACCCCCUCCUGUGGCAUUAUCAAGUGUCAGUAGCAAGCAACCAUUGGACGCACGCUGACGGGACCGCCGCUGACGGGCAGCCUUUCUCGCAUCAUUACCCAGGGACAGCAGCUCCAAAAUGGGAUGCUCCUCAGGCCGCCAGACCCCUGCCCUUCACCCAGACCUGGUUUGCGGCAGCAACAAGGCCAACAACUUACCCCAGGACUCGGAGAACCAGAACCAGGGUUUGAAUAGCUGCGGAGAAGGAAGUGUUGGAAGAGACCCUGCCAAACCACCAGAGUCUGUCCCCACGCUGGAGAGACUGGCCCAGGCUACAGGAGGGACAGAAAAGUCCUGGUACCGCUGCGUUUUCCCGUUUGGCGUGAUAUCCCUCGUGAUUGGCAUGGCAGGCACAGGGGUGACGUUCACUUUUGACACGCUGCUCCAGACCAAAGUGGUGUCAGUGGCACUGCUGUGUGCCGGCUUCGUGAUGCUGCUCGUGGCAGCCGUUUGCUGGAGGGCCCACAGACUGAGGAGGAGGAAAAAGAAGGAGAGUGGAUUCUUCACCACUGAUCAGGGCACUUUGUGAGGGACAGGCGGACUUCAAAUCCUUGUUAGUCAGGACAGAGCACUUGAAGUUGGACUUUUUGUAAACAAGAAAGGCAACUCAAUAAGAAGAAUGUGAUGCAGCUACAUCCAUGCUUUUCUUCUAUGCACUAGGACAGAGUGAUAGAUAACUUGAUUAAUUAUGGAAACAUUGUGCCAGGGAAAGGUCCAUCAUCACCAUCCUGAGCAGAUACACAGGUUUAAGUAUGCGUCACACAAAAACUCCCCCUCUCCUUUUCUUUUUUUGCCCUUCUUUAUAAUGGAUUACUUGAGGAUCCAGUGGAGUACAGAACCCACUAUAGAUUAUUGCUCCAAGACUGGCCUCAUGUGUCAGGGAAACGAACGAGAGAUAGGCAACUCAGGAACAGGAACCUUACUGGUUCUAUAUCUACAGCUUGACAGUGCACAUUCUCCCUAAAGAGUUGUGUCUGUGUGGGAUCUGAGGUGUUAUCUACAUUCAUAAACAGAUUUCAGCAUAUGUCAGAAGUCAUCAUAGCAACAGUCUUUAAGAAAUUGUCAGCCGUUUGUGUUUGUGCAUGCUAGUGCAAUUGGUUUACAGAGGGAUGCUAUUUUUCAUACCAAGGGAAUCUUAGUGGUCAGAGGAGCUCAAGACAACAUAUUUGCAAGUUUCAAACCUGAUUAAUGAAACACGGUUUCCCUCUCCCUACAAAACAACAGCAUUUCUGCACAGAUAACACUUACAGUACAUUUCCAUAGGAGCGUUGCGUUCCACCGCUGAUGCUUGAUGGGCUUUCUACUAGUAAUCAGUUACUUUUCAAUGCCUACUGAGAAGCAAAUAGAACAGGCUACACCCUCCACAUCUGUGAUGGCUGCACCUGAUUGGAUACAUGCUUUGAAUAGUGCGCUGUUUGCUUUCAAGAUGCACCAACAUGGCUUCUUGUUUGGAAACCCUUGCUUAUUUUACAAAAAUAGUUCACCAAAAUGUGUUUCUAAAAAUAUUUUAGGCAAGAAAUAAGCUAUGCAGAUGCUGAAUCUGUCUUCAUUUCAAAUUGACAACAGACAUUUUAAAAGAUUUUCAGGGGUUUCUCGAGAGGCUGCAGAUUUACAUAAAUGAGGAGCGGCCAACUCGACGCAGCCAUCUUUGGAAAGUUGCGGCGAUGCUACCAGAAUGCAUUAGCCGGCUGCUUACAUAGCCAAUGACUAGGAAGUGUGGAAAUGACGCUGCCUGUGGACACGUAGCUUUACUCUUCAACUGCUCCAGCGCCCUUAUUAGGCAAAAGUGAAACAGUGAAUCUGGCAUAAUCACGUAAAAACCGCUAGCACGCUUUGUCCAUUUCCCCAGAGUUUUUCUGUCUGCAGUCUAAUUUUGUGUUAUCAGGCACACAGGUCAACCUCUUUUCUUCCUGCCACCAAGCUCUUUGGUGGAAAAUCCCAGCCCAGCUGUGCCAGAUCAAUGGAAAGCGCCACUCCGCGCAGUGUUAAGCAUUAGAGGUAAUAGCUUGCAUUUUUAGUCGGAGUACAUGAAAAUGCUCUCCCUGGCACUCUUGGACCUGUCAUACACGGCUUGUGCAUUGUAUGACAAGGAAGUCCCAUCAUAGAAACAGUAACAGUUAAAAGACACCAACAAAAGACAAAGCCCUCAAGGGCCUGAUACUCUAAUCCAUGGCUCCCACAGAGCCAAACAGAGGCAACACCUCUAGACAUUUAGGUUUGAGAGCUGAGGGGAAAAAUAAAUGUUUGCCUUCAUUUUACCCUACACUAUCCAAAGAGGGAUAUACACUCUUGUUCAUAUAUGCGACUGGAUAUGAGAAAUGGGCAUUAAGUUAAUUAUUCCCGGCGGACAGGGAGGUUUAACUGGUCUGCAUGAAUUAGGUUACCUGUAUGACCCCAGUAGCUGUCAUCUUAAUGCCUUUGACCUGGAUAUUGUCCUUUCUUGAGCACAUGCUACAUUGGACAAUGUCAGAGGUUUUUUUUAACCAACUAGCUAUCACGUUCUUUGUAAAUUGUUUCUUAAAGUUAGAGCAAAAUAUUAGUUGUGGAUCUAAAAUGUAGCAGUGUUUCACCCACAGUAACUAUGAUAAUGUCUGGUCAGGUGAUGUGAUUUUGAGAAGACCCAGCAGCUUCUUCUCAGCUGUAGCGUUGUUAUUGUAUUUGAUUAAGGAUUUUUUUGAUUCCUAUCGCUUUGAUAAAGUGUUUACUGGGCAUCACACGUGGUCCAGUUAUUUUUGUUUGCAUGGAGAACUCCAGUUCUCAUGUGAAGCAGCAGCUGUAGUGUACUGUAUGUGUGCACACCAAAGCUACACAUAAUCUACUCCCUGUGAUUUCCCCUCUUCUUUCUUCAUUUCCUUUCUAUUUUCAAUCCCAACUCGUCACAUUUGGCCACUGCGUCAGGGCCCCUUUGUUGUCAUCUUUUUUAACGCCCUGGGUACCUCAAUGGCGUCAUUUUUCAAUGUGCAGGGUAUAGUUAGGUUAAGGCAACAAAACCACAUUGCUAGAUAUAGGAAAAGAUUGUGGUUUGGGGGUAAAAUAAUUAUGUUUGUUACCAAAGGUUAGGGUUAGCCCUUAACCGAGAGUGUGUAAUAUAACUUGUGUUUGUGACGCUAGUUAAGUAUGUUCUGUACGUAACUUACAUAGGUUGAGUAUAUAUUGUAAGUAAAAAUAAGUCGUUGACUUUUGGGACACAGGACAUGAACAGCGGUCUAUUCUGAACAAUGUUUUUUCCAAAGUGGACUUUUCCAUUUUCAUCCUCCCUACAUAAACUUUGUCUCUCUUCAGGCUGCGUCAUCUAACUGCACCGGUCGAACAGUUGAAAGCCCUGUGAGUCUCACACAAACACUAAAAGUGGCCUUGUGCGUCAGUGGCAGACACUGAGGGCCUUUGACCAAGCUGCCAUAUUCGACGAGUUGAGGGUUGUCCUUUCACAGAUGCUAAUACAACCCAGGACGAUC